AUGUUCAGUGAACUGGCCUUUGACAGUGGAAGCGACACCGACAAUGCGAUUCAGCACGGGGCCAUCGACGAUGAUAAGUCGCGCCAGCUGGAAGGUGAAAGCUGUGGGGCGAUCGGUGGCACCGUGCGCCUGCAUCGCCCUGGUGAAGAGGGAUUCUCCUGUGUUGCGGGAGGUGACAAGGACACCGAUGCACUGCUCGACGCCAGGCUUGUGAGUGGCGAUUCAUGGCUGGACGAUAAGUGUCACUGCAUACGCUGCGAAACAGUACAGGCCUCCACACGACUGACAAGCCUACAGCAAAGGUGCAAAGGGAAACUGGUAGUGGUACUGCUGGAUCUGGAUAAUUACGGUUUUAACCAGUUUAAAUCAAUACCCCCGGGUUCUGGGUCGUCUGACGGCUUUGAUUUGCUAAAGCACGUGUUUGUGUGGUCCUUUUUUGGCUCCUGCUUUACACGGUACCACGGAGUAUUCCCAGACGCGGAAAAUGUUUGUCAAAGCUCUCCUCAACACGAUGGAGUGGGGAAGCGCAGUGCGAAACGAAGUGUGUGGCAGCGGCUUGUGGCAGAAGGACGUUGUCACUUCACCCCUUGCGGCGGUCACAGCCAGGCGGCGGAUGCUGUGAUGGUGCAGGUGGCGCAUGCCAUGACGCACGUUCCGACGGUUGUGCUUAGUGGUGACCGUGAGUUGCUUCAAGAUAUCCACAACAACCGUCGUCUUGUCGGGAAGAAGGCAAGUCGAGAGACUGCGGCAUUUGAUUUUCUUUCUCAGUUGGACAUUGUAAACGUUCUGGAGCACGGUAAGAGGUUUGUGCCUGUGUGGCGGGCACUGGAAGCAAGAAUCCGUCUCAUCGUGCAGCAGUAA